AGCCAGCUGGACACACACUCACACACACUCACACACACACACACACACACACACACACACACACACACACACACACACCAUCCACAGACUCAACUAGCCCGAAAAAAUACCGAUGUAAGCUGCCUGCCCUUCAAUCCUUCGUGGAUUCCCCCGCGUCGCUGUGUGUUAGAGACACCUGAACAAAAGUUGUGAUGAAUAAAGAAAUAAUGUCACGUGUGGUGAAGAAGAGGCUGGCAGACCCUAAGGUGGUCCAGUAUGUGUGGGCCGCCAUUGAGGUUAUUCGCAACCAGAAACAAAUUGCAAACAUGGACAGGAUCUCCAAGUACCUGAGCCGUGUGUUUAGCAUGCACCCUAAAGAGACCGCCAGACAGCUGAGCUUGGCCGUGAAGGACGGCCUGGUGGUGGAGACCCUGACUGUGGGCUGCAAGGGCUCCAAGGCCGGCAUCGAGCAGGAGGGAUACUGGCUGCCUGGGGAAGAGAUGGAUCCGAAAGCCGAAGGAAGCAAGGAGUGGGAGGCGGAGAGUCACGACUGGUACUGCUUCGAGUGCCACCUACCGGGUGACGUCCUCACGUGUGACAACUGCUUCCGGGUUUACCACCUCAAGUGUCUGACGGAGGAUUUCAAGCCCAGAGACGGAGGAUCCCACUGGCAGUGUGUGGUCUGCAGGGGAAGUAAAAAGAAGAACCUGAACAAACAGGAGAUGAGUAAAUAUCUGCGCUUCAUCGUGCAGCGUAUGAAGGAGAGGGCAGUGGACCUGAACAAGAAAGGCAAAGAUACUAAACACCCAAUGUACAAACGUCUGAUCCACACUGCACUGGACGUCUCCAACAUCCAGGAGAAUCUGUCUGAAGGAAAAUAUAAAAGCUUCGAGGAGUUCAAAGCAGACGCUCAGCUCAUUGUUCACAACACGGCCAUCUUAUAUGGAGUUCAAAGCGACCAGGCGGAGAUCGCACGGUUGCUCUUCAGCGACACAGUCCAUGAGUUGAACGAGCUGCUGCUGUGUAAGAACUGUUUCUACCUGUCCAACGCCCGGCCAGACAACUGGUUCUGUUACCCGUGUAGCCCGAGCCACGACCUGGUGUGGGCCAAGAUGAAAGGUUUCGGUUACUGGCCGGCCAAAGUCCUUCAGAGGGACGACAACCAGGUGGACGUACGCUUCUUUGGACACCAGCACCAGAGAGCGUGGAUCCCCGCAGACAACAUCCAGGACAUCAAGGUGAGCGUCCAGCAGCUGCAGGUGAAGCGCAGCAGCGGCUGGAAGAAGGCGUGCGAGGAGCUGGAGAUGUACCAGCGCUUCCUGAGGGAGGGCCGCUUCUGGAAAACAAAGAUGGAGGAGAGCAGCAUGCCACACCCGCACCACCUGCAGAACCAGCAGAGUCAGAGUCAGAGUCAGAGUCAGAGUCAGAGUCAGAGUCAGAGUCAGAGUCAGAGUCAGAGCCAGAGCCAGCGGCCGCAGCAGCAGCAGCAGCAGGAGGGCGGCGGCAGGACGGACAGGCUGGAGAGGACAGACGAAGCCGAGUCGAGCAUCUCCUCCACCAGCAACGAGCAGGUCCGACAUCUCAAAGGCAGCCAGGAGCCAAAGGCAAAGAAAAGCCGUCGAUCUCAAAUGGUGGAGCCCAAAGAAGAAGCCAGCGACCCGGAGCCAGAGAUGGAGGCGGUCAGCUCCAGCCAGGAGAUCCCGGUGUCCUCGGCGCCCCAGCAGCCCGAGAAGCUGUCGGUGUCCACGCAGACCAAGAAGGCCAACGGAGGGUCGCCCCGCACGCUGCACCGCGGCACCCAGACGAACAGCGACGGCGCCUGCCAGAACAUGUGCCACGAGAAAUACACCAAGGUGUUCAACGACGUGAAGGAGAUGAUGAAGGCCGACAACAAGCGGGAGACGGAGAGGGUCGUCAGGGAGGCUCUGGAGAAGCUCCGCGCAGAGAUGGAGGAGGAGAAGCGGCAGGCGGUGAGUAAGGCGGUGACCGGAGCUCAGGCGGAGAUGGAGAGGAAGUGUAAGCAGGUGAAGGAGAAGUGUAAAGAGGAGCUUGUGGAGGAGGUGAAGAAGCUGGUGGCCCAACACAAACAGCUCAUCUCCCAGACCAAGAAGAAGCAGUGGUGUUAUAACUGCGAGGAGGAGGCCAUGUACCACUGCUGCUGGAACACCUCGUACUGCUCCAUCAAGUGUCAGCAGGAGCACUGGCACGCCGACCACAAACGAACCUGCCGCAGGAAGAGAUGAACAAGCCCCGCCCCUUCUCACCCUUACACAGCACGCAGUCGGCCCUCGCCCACUCCUCCUCCUCCUCCUCCUCCUCCUCCUCCUCCUCCUGUCAGUCAGUGUCUACAACACACACAAACACACACUUGUCCCUCCGGCUUCUCGACUUGCCUUCCUGAACACUUUGUGGACUCGAUGUUUUUUGCGUGAAAAAGAGCAACUUGUUCCCUUUUUUUGUUUGUUUUUAUUUUUAUUAUUUAAUGUAACCAUGUUUUUGAAUUUUCUUUCUAUAUUUUUUAUUUUUUUGGGGUCUCUGAAUCGUGAACAGAUUGCUCGAGGGGGCGUGGCUCCGAUGGUGUGAUUAUUAUUUCUUUUUCUCUUUACUGACGUGCUAACUUUGAGCUCGUGUCAGAGGAUGUGUUAUUUAAGUGUUUAGUAACUGAUGAGCGUUUUAUUACCUGAAUUUUUAGAAAAUCCCUUUUCUUACUGUAAAUGCAACAAAAAACACUUGGGGUCGAUCUUUCAGGUCGACCACGACGACACAACACAAACGUACCGCUGCAGCAUUCAACUGGCUCCACUUUCAUAGAGAAUGAACAAAAAGACAAAAAAAACUCACACGUUCAUUUAUUGUUUUGGAUGCUGGACGGCACCUUUUAGCAUUUCUACCUAAAAGUCACUUAUUGGGAACAGGGUCACGAGGUCGGCCGUAAAAAAAACGACGACUAAACAAAUCUUCCAUUUGAUAUCAUUAUUAUUAUUAUUAUUAUUAGAGUGAACAUUAUGCACAUUUUUUGGGGUCUUUUCCUUCGAAUAAUCGGUGAUGUUUUUUAUAAUAUAAAUGAACUUUUAAUUAAUUUGUUCUUAAUUGGAGAAAUGUACUGCAAUCCUGACUGAGCUGGACCCGAGAGCGGUCCCACCACUUGACCGUUUUUUUUUUUGCACAUUUAAUUUUUCUAAAAACCAGAAUGCUCGUAAAAUUGCCAAAAAACAAACAAACUAUGAUUAUAGACUGUAUGUACGAAGUGGGCGUGGCCUUGAUUACAUCACCCUUUUCAAUCCGCUUGAUGGCUAACCUUUUAUAGCCUCAUGCUCGGCGUUUUUUAAGCCCAAAGUGACCAUGUUUGGAAGAGAGGUCAAUCGCCCACUGCGUCAGUUUAUCUGUGAUUGUUUUCAUCAUUUACUAAGUGAUCGUCUCGCACUAUAGAAGAAGACUUGAACUCGAGGUCAAGACCAGAAAACUCAUUUUGAAAAUGUUCACUUCAGUACAAUCAGACUUUUUGUUGGUGGAGUCGCCCCCUGCUGGCCGUUAGAAAGAGGCCGGUUUAAGGCACUUGCUCAUCAUGCACGUCCAUCUCUUACCUACAGUCUCUGAUUCUACCCGAGAAGAUCUGGUGAGUCCUCCCUCCUUCAUCAGCCCUUUUAAGCUUAAAAAAAUACGAUUCUCCGAGCGUCGUCAGUGUCAUUUCUGUGUCAAAAAUCGUUCUUUUUUUUAAAAUCCUGAAGUGAUGGCUUUGAGACUCUUUCACUGCUUUUGCUGUAGUCGGUGGUCAGUGCCUGUUUUUUUUUCUUCUUCUUCUCGCCCUCCCCGUGAGGCUCCGUGCAUGUCUAUAGAUUCACACUUCAUCUUUUCUCCAAUCAUUACGGUAAAAACACAAACACAAGAAAAGAGGAGCCCAGAAUCUCGCUGGUGUCCGACAAACAGUGACGACGGAUGGACCAAUAUAAAAACAUUAUGCAAAAUGUGAAUGAUCAAAUCUUUUCUAGAGUUCUCCUCUGCGCUGGAUGUCGAGUGUGUGUCGUGUAUAAAUACGGUGCGUGGAAUUCUUUGUGUGUUUUUUCAACCGGGCGAUAAAAUUGCCCGUUUUUUUUUUUUUUUUUGUUCUGGGAAGUGUGACUCUUUUAAACUUUGACUGUUUCCUCAGUUAUGAAGACUGAACUGAACGGAGGAAAAUGAUCCAGUUGUUUUGUAUAGACGCUUCACUUUUUUUUUUACACACAAGUUGCCGUUCAUCAGUUUGUGUUUCUGUGAACAUGUGACGAAUAAAAUACCGUAAAUUUUCUAAUAGUGAGGCAGAACUUUUUUUUUUUUUUUAAAUGUCAAAUUUGGGGCUUUUUUUAAAUGCCUUUAUUUGGAGAUGGAACAUCGCAUAGAGUCAGAAAUCAGGGAGAAAGAGAGAGAACCCUGGCCGCUCGUCUGGAGGACCACAGCCUCAGUACAUGGGGUGCACACUUACUUCUAGGCUGCUGGCGCCCCAGUGGGCAGAACCUUUAUUCACUUUGAGUAAAGAGAGAACCGGGCAUCUUAACCUACUGGUCAAACAAUGUUCUGUUGUUCUGAUUGGCUGUGAAUGAAAACUUAAAAAACCUUGUCCAACUGAUUAAUUCUAAAUAUCUACUUAACUAUAAUGACUCUAAAAGGUUUUUAUAUCGCCGUCUAUCUAACAGAUAUUUAGAAGCCAAAUAAACACGACGACCACAU